CAGCUCAUUCUGUCGAAGGAUCUUGUAAAGACCGAAGGCCACAACUACGUGACACUCAGCUAUUGCUGGGGUAGCGCAAACGAUACGGCCCGUACCACGAAGCAAAACAUAGCUCAGAGACUCAAAGCGAUCUCAAUUGGCAACUUGCCUAAGACCAUACAAGACACCAUCAGAGUGAUGCGCGCUUUGGGUGUAAAAUUCCUGUGGGUAGACGCCCUUUGCAUCGUACAAGUCCAAGAAGGGAGCAACAAAGAUUGGGAGCGUGAACUCCGCAACAUGGGCAAGAUUUACAGACACUCUGUGCUCACAAUCGCAGCAAGCGGUGCGAAAAGCAGUGAAGGUGGGCUGUUCCAUCUCAGACGAGCAGCUCGCUGGCCAGUAGAAAACUACUACCUCGAGAACGAUGACGAAGCGCAUGAGCCUGGAGGUACCGGUGGUCUUCUAAAACCCUCGUUACCAAUAUGGGAGCUUGCAGUAAAUCGCUCAGCUCUUGCUCGGCGUGGUUGGGUGCUACAGGAGCAAAUGCUAGCAUCGCGAACCCUGUUCUGGACGCAAGAUGGACUCUUUUGGCGCUGUGCAGAACUGACCGCCUCCGAAUAUGAGGAAGAGAUGGAGAAGCGGCACAGACUCCCAACGUUACAAGCGCUUGCGCAAGACAUUGUGGAGUUCGAGACAACUCGACGCACACGAAGUGUCUGGACGAAACUCCUAGAAGAAUUCUCCCAGAAGAUGCUCACAGUGGCUACGGACAGGUUACCAGCCGUUGAAGGUUUGGGAACUGAUGUGUCAAGAUUAACUGGGAAGAAGAUGGUAAAGGGGAUUUGGUCGCAUAAUUUGGUGCACGAGCUCGCUUGGAUGGCAGACUUCAUGUCAUCCAAGCCUGCUCGGUUGCCAAAUAUGCCCUCGUGGUCAUGGGCAUCAGUCGACGCGAAGCUA